AUGUUGUUUAUAUCUGCUACCUAAUUAUAUUUUUAUACGAUAAUUAUACGACAAUUUCCUUUUUUAAUAUUGCUAUUUACCUUUAAAUAUUUAAAUAAUCUCGCGAGUGUAUACGCACGUGUGUCUGGCAAAUGUUCAGUUCCCGUUUACCGAGAACUUAUCCGAUAUAAUGGCCUUUAGUGAUGUUCCCGUAUUAACGUUUGAUAACUGGACUGACGACCAAACUGACGAAGGUUUCGAGGCUGGCGACUGCUCAUCUUCAGGGGCGGCAGAUGAUGAUCUCGGUUUGACCCCUCUGCAGUUACUCCAGAAGUACAUCUACAACGAGGAAAGCGAAUUCGAAGCCGUCCAAAGGAGCUUUAGGCCCAAUGUCCCAAAUACGGUCCUGCACGUGUUCCGGAACGCCCCCGCGGACCUCAUUACAAAGGAACUUCCGGAUAUCAUGAAUCUUUUAACUAAUAUGCAAAAUGCCACCCUGAUUCAUCACAUGCUGGCCAAAGUGCCCAACAUCGCAGAACAGGCGAUCGAAAGCUCCGAGAGGGUGCCGGCACUAAAAGAUGUCGUCGGCGACUGUCUGCUGCCCCUGGUGCUCAGAAAUCUGGGCAACUCGGAGGCUAGUCUGGGCAAAAAAGCCGAGAGGGCCCUGAUCGAAAUGAUCGAGAAGGGCCUGAUCACUAAAGUGCAAGCCGAGAUCAAAAUAUGCCCUGAAAUCUUGGCUUUGACCACGAUAUCACAGGAGGGUUGCAACACUGAGGUCAACAUAGGGGUCACCACCAAGAUUAUGAGCAAACUGGCUCAUCUGCUAGGAAAAGACAUUACCGAGAGGAUUCUGUUGCCCAGGUUCAUCGAGCUGUGUUCAAGUCAUAUAUUUUACAUAAGGAAGUUCGCCACUUCGAACUUUGGGUAUUAUUGCGCCGUCAUUGGGAAGGAGGCGUUCGAGGGAAAACUGCUGCCGCUAUAUCUCUCCCUCUGCCAAGACGAAACCUGGGGGGUGAGAAAGUCCUGCGCCUCGGUGAUCACUUACGUGUCCUGUGCAUGCCCUGCCGACUUAAGGAAAGCCCUCUUGGCCGAAUCGUUUGCCAAACUGUUGGUGGACGACUGCAGAUGGGUGAGCAUGGCCGCCUUCGAGUCCUUGGGCACCUUCAUCGUCACUUUCGCGGAUCCUCCUUUGAUCCACAUGGGCUACGACGCCUCCGGCGAGCUGGUCCUGCUCACACCAGGGGAACAAUUUUCGGGAGUGUUGGGGUUCCAAGACGAACGGUUGCUGGUUUCCUCCGGGAUGUUCGGCCCGGAGUUCGACUUUGACGGGAAUCAAGUCACCGAUUUGGACGACGUCACUUUCUGUCAAACUAUGGAAUACUUUAGUAACGGAAAGGGGAAAAACGGGACUACCACACCAAAGGAACCCCCCGUUGAAACGAAGCACGAGGAUGACUUGCUUUCCUAUAACGAGUUUAACUAUUGGCACAUAAGUCCCCCGGAAACGAUCGAUCUGGAGGGGUUCGUCGUCGAUUUGCCCCCCAACGCCGCCGACCAAGGAACCGCCUCCUUACAAGACCAAGAUGCCACUGAUCUCAAUAAAAGUUCGGCCUCUGCGCCUGGUGAUAAUAUAAGUGAUUUAGUUAAUAAACUUAGUGAUGUAAGUAUCAACGAAGACGCAGCCCCCUCUAUGGCCGCAAUAGAGGAAGAAGAAGAGGAAAACGUCGAACCGCCUCAGAAAAUCGUCCCGCAACAUUUAUUGGACAGUUUCGUUUCGAUUACGGACCCGGAAAAGUUCAGCGACGGUGAAAUGUUGCAGAAUUGCGCGUACGUGUUGCCUGCUGUGGCGGUCACUUUGGGAAAAGACAAUUGGCCGCUGCUUAAAGGCACUACGGAACGAUUAGCCAGUAAGUGGUGA